AUGUCUAUCGACUUUCCAAAGGAAGAGGAGGCCAUCCUCAAACGAUGGAAGGAGAUCGGGGCCUUUGAGCGUCAGGUCGAGUUAUCCAAGGGCAAAAAAGAGUACACCUUCUACGAUGGCCCGCCAUUUGCGACUGGAUUACCCCACUACGGGCAUUUGCUUGCUUCCACCAUAAAGGACAUUAUUCCUCGAUACUGGUCGAUGAAGGGCUAUCAUGUCGAGCGCAGAUUUGGCUGGGAUACGCACGGCGUUCCGAUCGAAUAUGAAAUUGACAAGAUGCUGGGAAUGUCGGGCUCUGAAGCUGUCGAGAAGAUCGGCCUCAAGGCCUACAACGCUGAAUGCAAAGCCAUUGUUAUGAGGUUUUCUACAGAGUGGAGGCAGACCAUUGACAGGCUGGGCCGUUGGAUUGAUUUUGACAAUGAUUAUAAGACGAUGGACACCACCUUUAUGGAAUCUAUCUGGUGGAUACUGAAACAACUAUUUGACAAAGGCGCUGUAUAUCGUGGGUACAGAGUCAUGCCGUACUCGACCGCACUUAACACCCCGUUGAGUAAUUUCGAGGCUCAGCAAAACUACAAGGACGUUCAAGAUCCUGCGGUUGUCGUUUCAUUCCCACUCCUUGAUGACCCCCAGACUUGCCUUCUGGCUUGGACGACCACGCCAUGGACCCUUCCAUCCCAUGUUGGGCUUGCAGUUCAUCCGGAUUUUGAAUAUAUCAAGAUUCACGAUGAGGCCUCGGGCAAGAACUAUUACAUUUUGGAGGCUCUUCUGGGGACACUUUACAAGAACCCCAAGAAGGCAAAGUUCAAGAUACUGGAACGUGUCAAGGGUUCUGAUAUGGAAGGAUGGAAAUAUGAGCCCCUCUUUGACUACUUCUACGACAAGUUCAAGGACCACGGAUUCCGCGUACUCACUGCGUCUUAUGUUACCGCCGAUAGUGGUGUUGGAAUCGUCCACCAGGCUCCCGCGUUCGGUGAAGAAGAUUACAACGUUGCUAUGAAAUCCGGCGUCAUUAGCGGGGACAGGCUGCCUCCAAACCCUGUAGAUGAAAGGGGUCGAUUCACCAAGGAGGUUAGGGACUUUGCUGGCAUGCAUGUCAAAGAGGCUGACAAAGCGAUUAUCAAACACUUGAAAGGCACAGGCCGAGUAGUUGUUGAUAGCCAGAUUACUCAUAGUUAUCCUUUCUGCUGGAGAUCUGAUACCCCUUUGAUUUAUAGAGCAGUGCCUUCUUGGUUUGUCAAGGUCACCCCCGUAAUUCCUGCUUUGCUGGAGUCGAUUGAACAGUCAUACUGGGUUCCGUCUUUUGUCAAGGAGAAACGCUUUGCAAGCUGGAUAGUAAACGCAAGAGAUUGGAAUAUUUCUCGAAAUCGUUAUUGGGGUACCCCUAUCCCUCUCUGGGCCAGUGAGGAUUUCGAAGAGAUCGUUGCUGUCGGAAGUGUGCAGGAGCUAAAGGAGCUGAGUGGUUAUACCGGCGAAUUGACCGACCUCCAUCGUGACAAGAUUGACCACAUCACCAUUCCUAGUAAGAAAGGAAAAGGUAUGCUCCGCCGCGUGGAGGAGGUGUUUGAUUGCUGGUUUGAGUCAGGAAGCAUGCCAUACGCCUCACAGCAUUAUCCGUUUAAAGACAAAGAGCGUUUCGAGGACAAGUUCCCUGGUGAUUUCAUCGCCGAGGGCCUUGACCAGACUCGUGGAUGGUUCUAUACCCUUGCAGUUUUGGGCGUACACCUUUUCGGAAAACUGCCAUUCAAAAACUGUGUUGUCAAUGGAAUUGUCCUCGCUGAGGAUGGGAAGAAGAUGUCAAAGCGUCUGAAGAACUACCCGGAUCCAGGCUUAGUGAUGGAUCGGUACGGCUCUGAUCCACUUCGACUAUACCUCAUCAAUUCGCCAGUUGUCCGCGCGGAGCCAUUGAGGUUCAAGGAGUCGGGCGUCAAGGAAAUUGUUUCCAAGGUCCUCCUGCCACUGUGGAACAGCUACAAGUUCUUUGAAGGUCAGGUUGCGCUGUUAAAGAAGGUUGAAAAUGUCGACUACAUGUUUGAUCCUAAGGCCGAGUCCACUAACACCAACGCCAUGGAUCGCUGGAUCCUGGCCAGUUGUCAAAGCUUGCUCAAGUUUGUGAACGAGGAGAUGGCUGGUUACCGACUCUACACGGUGGUUCCAAGAUUACUUGAACUCAUUGACAACACAACUAACUGGUAUAUCCGAUUCAACCGAAGACGUCUAAAGGGUGAACUUGGAUUGGACGAUACACUGCAUGCCCUCAACACCCUUUUUGAAGUCCUUUACACAUUGGUUCGUGGACUAGCCCCCUUCACGCCUUUCAUCACCGAUACCAUCUAUCUUCGCCUCCUACCACAUAUUCCAGAGAAUCUCCGAGGAGAAGAUAGCCGAUCAGUACACUUCCUUCCCUUCCCAGAAGUUCGAGAGGAGCUAUUUAAUGAGACUAUUGAGAGGCAAGUCAGGCGAAUGCAGAAGGUGAUAGAACUUGGUAGAGUUUCCCGUGAGCGCCGAACCAUCGGUUUGAAGUGUCCUCUGAAGUCCCUUGUUGUUAUUCACAAGGAUCAAGAAUAUCUAGACGACGUUCGCUCGCUAGAGUCGUACAUUGCCGAGGAGCUUAACAUCCGCGACCUGAUACUGUCAUCCGACGAAGCUAAAUAUAACGUCCAGUAUAGCGUUGAUGCUGACUGGCCAGUUCUCGGCAAGAAGUUGAAGAAGGACGUGCAGAAAGUUAAGAAAGCCUUGCCAUCACUCUCCAAUGACGAUGUGAAGAAAUACGUUGAGACCGGGAAGAUACUAGUCGACGGCAUCGAACUAGUGACGGGUGACCUAGUUGUGAAGCGAGGAUUAAAGCGAGACGAAGGCUCCUCUGAACUGGAAACCAACACUGAUGAUGACGUCCUUACCAUCUUGGAUGCGGCCUUGUACCCAGAACUUGCAGACGAAGGGAUUGCGCGAGAGAUCGUCAACAGAGUUCAGCGCCUCAGAAAGAAGGCUGGCCUGCAAGUAACGGAUGACGUUGGGAUGGAAUAUCGUGUUCUGUCUGAUCCUGAUGACAUUGGAAUUGAAGGGGUGUUCGACAGGCAAGCCAAGGCUCUUGAAAAGGCACUUCGACGGCCCAUGGACAAACACGUCGUUACUGAGGUCGAAGGGAAGAUCCCUGAUACUGAAGAAGAUGUGAUCAUGGAGGAAGUUCAAGAAGUUCAAAGGGCUAUGUUCCUGCUUCGACUUGUUAAGCUAUAA